AUGACACGAAUAAUCUUAUCUACGGGGAACGUCAUCCUGGACGGCCCCUCUAUCAUUCGGAAACCAGGCACUUAUCGGUCCAAUCUUGAACUUACAAAUUCCCUCCGAAGUAACUUCUCGGCUGCGCAAAAAGAAUACGCCUCUAUACUUCAUAACGGUAAUGGCCACGCCUCUCAUUCUGGGCAAAAUGGAUACAGCAGCCGACCAGCGCCAGAGGUGUGGACGGAAAAGGAAGACUCUACUUUGUAUGUGCCCCGCAUCGACUGGGAAUCGGCCGGGCUACAAGAGGAUCGCUCGCAAUACGAGAUUACCGUGAAGUUAUUCUUUCUACCAACGGCACCUCCCGAGAAGAGAAUUGAUUAUAUUAAAGAAGCAUUGCGAUUGGUUAGGAAAGAGCUAAACGUAAACGACGUCGACCUCCUUAUAGCCUCAUACCCUGGCUUAACGUUUGAGGGAGACUGCGAAUGGGAAGCCGAUAGAAAGAAUGCGACAAUGGGCAACGACGAGGAAGAAGUGAAUACGUGGAGUUUGCUAGAAAAGUUGUAUAACCAGGGCCAGAUCAAACAACUCGGAAUUUCCGAAUUCGGCACCGACAAACUAAAGAGGUUUCUAGACAAGGUCAAAGUGCGGCCUACCGUUAACCAGAUCAAUAUCAGGAAUUGCUGCAAUGUACCUCCGCCUCUGGCAAAGCUUGCUAAGGACGAAGGCAUCGAAUUGUACACCCAUCACGAUUCUACAGAUAUCCUACCCAGCGGCACCUUGCGGGAGCUUCUUGGUCAAGGACCACAGGGCGCUGGCGUCCUGGCGGACGGCGAACCUAAUAGUAGCGGACUCAAAGGGGAGAUCAUCCCUGAGUGGGUUGUCAAGUAUACGGCGUUUGUCAAGGACCGGGGAGUCAUUGAGAAUAAAGGCUACUUUGCGAGCGCGGAGACGGUAGAGGAGGCAUAA